AUGAUUGACUGUGCUAUAAAAGACGAAUCUGAGGAUAAUGGAAACCUUUCUGAUAGGGGUGUUGAAUCGAACCAGGAGCUUGAGUCAGUGGAAGGACAAGAUCAGGUGAUAGAGAUGUAUAUGAAUGAGGAAGUCAGUGAACUUAAGAAAGAAAUAGAAGAACUAGAGCAUUUAUUGCAGGAUGAAGAGAAAUGUAGAGCUGCAAUCGCGAAGCUGAACCCCAACAAUAACAGGAGCCACGAAAGAAUAUUGGAAAUUAGUAUCACAGUAAAAGGAGAUGGACCGAUUGUGUUAGUUAUAGCUCCAACUUGUGAACUUGCUGUUCAAAUACAACAAGAAGCAACUAAAUUUAGCACAACUUCAAAGAUUAAGAAUACUUGCAUUUAUGGUGGGGUUCCAAAGGUUCCUCAAGUUCGUGAUUUACAUAAAGGUGUUCAUAUUAUCAUUGCUACACCUGGAAGAUUGAUUGAUAUGUUGGAGUCUCAUCAUACAAACCUGAGGAGGGUGACUUACCUUGUGUUGGAUGAGGCAUAUAGGAUGCUUGACAUGGGUUUUGAACCUCAAAUGAAAAAAAUUGUUUCACAGGUUUGUGAAUUAUGCGACCAGGAACUUUAUAAAGGGGAAGAAAAGAAUGAGAUACGUUUAGGUGUUUGUUCUAGAAGCAAUGAUGUGAUUGAACCUAUGAUUAAGCCUCAGUGGUAUGUCAACUGCAAUGGUAUUGCUAAAGAAGCUCUUGAUGUUGUAAUGGAUGAAAAUAACAAGAAAAUUGAUAUACUUCCAAAACAGUAUGCCGCUGAAUGGAAAAGAUGGCUUGAGAACAUUUGUGAUUGGUGUGUAUCAAGGCAGCUUUGGUGGGGCCACCGAGUUCCUGCACGGUAUGUGACAUUGGAGGAUGAUAAACUGAAAGAGCUUGGAGCAUACAUGGAUCAUUGGGUGGUUGCUAGGGAUGAGAAAGAGGCUGAAGCUGAGGCUAGAAAGGUCUUUUCAGGGAAAAAGUUUGAAUUGGUUCAAGAUCCUGAUGUUUUAGACACCUGGUUUUCUUCAGGGCUUUUCCCUUUAUCUGUAUUGGGGUGGCCUGAUGAUACUCAAGAUUUGAAGACUUUUUAUCCAACUGCUGUUCUUGAAACUGGGCAUGACAUUUUGUUCUUUUGGGUUGCUGCUAUGGUGAUGCUUGAGAUGAUAUUCGGAGGCGAUGUACCUUUCCAAAAGGUGGCUGGUGGUUUAGCUUCCGAGACACCUCACAUGAUAAGUGCAGCUGUUAAAGGCAUAACUCCAUUGAGUUAUGAGUUUACUUAUCUUGAAACUUUAGGUCUGAUAAAGGUGAAGCUACUGCUUGAAAUGCUUGUGAAGAAAUGUGGUAUUGAUGCUGUUAAGGAAGUUAUGCCUGAAGAACAUAUGAGGCUGCUUACUAAUAUUAGAAAGAGGAUGGUUACUGGAUCGCCUCUUUUUUUGAAAGAUGAAGUUGGUAAGAGCCUGUUUUUAGGGUCCAUUCAAGUUCUAGUUGUUGCUUUUAAGAAACGGAAAGUCAGUCUUUGUCAUGAUGACUGCUAUAAGCAGAGUGAUGAAAUGGAUCAAGGUGAGCUAAUAGAGAACAGAAGGCUAGACAAUUACUACAAAAAUACAUUAGUUUUCCAUGUUGGUAACUAA